GAGUUCUUGACAAUUUCUUACUCCACAAUGUCCAGUAAUCUGCUCAAACUUCAUUAUUUCGACUUGGCUGCUAGGGCGGAACCAGUUCGUCUGUCAUUUGCUAUUCAAGGGAUCCCCUUCAUUGAUCACCGUAUCUCGAUGGAAGACUGGAAGAAGAGCCUAAAGCCGACUCAUGUGUUCCCCCUCGACCAACUGCCCGUUCUGGAGUUUCCUGAUGGCAAAAUGGCGACUCAAAGUCAUGCUAUUCUGAGAUAUGUGGCUACGCUGCGUCCAUCGUAUGGUCUCUACCCCACUGACCCUAUCCAGAGACUAGGCAUAGAUCAGCUGUUGGAUACCUUUGCCGAUAUCAGAGAGAAGACAAGAGUUGUCAAGGUCAUGUCUGACGGCCCUGCCAAGGAAGCUGCGAAAUCGGAGUUGUCACGUACUACCUAUCCGUUCUACUUCGACAGAGUUGAGCGUAUGAUCGGGGACAACAAGUAUUCGGUUGGAGAUCACCUGACAAUCUCUGAUCUGGAGAUUGAUUCAAUAUUAUACUUCAUAUUCAACAUAGCAAAUCUGGGCGCUCAACCAUCCAUUUUGAAGCCCUAUGAGAAGCUACAAAGGAUUCAGGCUUUGGUAGCGGCCAACCCUGCUGUGAAACUGUGGCGCGAAAAUCGCGAAGUGAAGCCCCUUCCUACUGUUGCUGAGAGUUUUGCUCAUUAGAUAUUCUUUGAAAGCAUCGCUUGAUAUUUUGGUUUGUAAAUGGUUUUUAUCUCAACUUCUACAACCA